GAUGUGAUAGGCUCCUGCUAUGAUGUGAUAUUGUGCUCAUCUGACAUUUUGUUGGUUUACUAUGUAAACCUCGUGUGGUUAUUGAUUGAUGGGGUCAGGAAGCUCUACAAGGAUAAAUCACACCAAUAUGGCUGAAGUUGGAACGGGAAACUCCGUUGACGUCAAUUUUCGCGUUCAACAAACUUCAUUCGAUGCAAAAGGUGAAGCCGGAGCGAACAUAAACACGCAAACUGCAGAUGCGCACGAUAAUCUCGAUCCGAGCUUGACAUUGGCUUUGUUCAGCGAGAAACAUCCAGAGAUGUGUCCGAUUUUCACAGUAACUACGGAAAAUUUUCAGGCCUUGCAGGCAGCUCAAAAUGAUGGAAUAUUUAUCUCUCCAACCACGUUAACACUUGCACAAGGCUUGCACGAAAGCUACGUCCAAAUCAAGAAUCCAAGCGAUAGGGUGUUAUUAUCUGAUUUUGUUACGGCUUUGGGAUUUCCCGAAUUUGCCUAUGAAAUAAUUGUUCAAUGCAGAAUAAAUUACGAAGAGCUUACCUCUUGGGACAGGGAGAGGCAAAAUGUUAUCACUGUGCAGGGGACAGUAAAUGAGAUGACAAGUGCUGACAAGCAAGUUAAGGAGGCUAAAGAUGAUGACAACCAGAAAGAAUCACUGAGCUUGUGCCAAGAUAUCAUUACCAAGCUAGUGGGAGUGCUUUUGAAUUUCUCAGACCUUCAUGAUCAAUUCUGUGUAGCUUGCAGCAAUGUUGGCAUGGUCCAAAUUUUUGUUGAGAUGACAAAAGAACUCAAAGAUGCAAUUUCUCACAAUGUAAAAUUUGUGAAUCCCCAAACACAGCAUAUAAAAAAUUUCACAGUACGAGGCAGAAUGCUUUCAAGGAUCUUAGGAGUGCUUCAUAACUUGUCUAAACGUGUACCUACCAGGGUGAACUUUGCUGCUUGUCAGGCAUUAGAUACACUCAUUCCUCUUCUUAAGGCUGAAGUGGCUCUUUUUGGUGCCAAAUGUCUGCUUAUUUUGGCUUAUUUAAUUGAUGAAAGUAACAAUCACAUGAUCAUGGCAGAUGAAGGUCCUAUCAAACUUCUUACAAACUUGCUAAAGAUGUCUUUGUCGUAUUCAAAUCAUAGAUGUAUAGGCUUCUCUUCAUCAGAGCUUGCCGAAGGAUUGACACAAAUUGCAGUCAAUGAUAACAACAAGAAAAUGAUUGCUAAAUGUGGCGCCAUUCAAAUUCUUGUAAGGAUGCUCCAAACUGCAAAAGAUAAUGAGGAGAAACUCAAUGCAUGCAAUGCGUUUUGGACCUUGGCAUUUGAUGAGGAAAAUCAGAUGGAAAUUAAAGCCAAUGAACAGGCCAUAAGUGAACUUGAGAAACUUCUUACUGAUGAGAACAUUGAAAUACAGCGAGCUGCUGCUGGUGCACUAUGGGAAUGCAAUGGGAAAGAAAGAUAUGCAGAGGAAAAAAAGCAGAAAGUUGGAUUGCAACAGAUAACAGACGCCAAGCACGUUAUGAUCAGUUACCAAUGGGAUGUACAAAAACUCGUGGUUCAGAUCAAAAACAAACUUGAAGCGGGUGGCUUCAAGGUUUGGAUGGACAUCGAUGAGAUGGGUGGCUCUACUCUAGAAAGUAUGGCCAGGGCUGUGGAAAAUGCAAGUGUGGUGUUGGUGUGUGUGUCUCAGAAAUACAAGGAGAGUCCUAACUGUAGAUCAGAGGCAGAGUACACAUAUCAGCUACGCAAAGACGUCAUCCCUUUGAUGGUGGAUGGUAAAUACAGACCUGAUGGUUGGCUCGGCUUCAUUGUAGGAUCCAAAUUCUGGAUUGACUUCAGUGAGAAACAUAAACUGGACUCUAAUGUGACCAAACUAGUGAAAGAACUGGGAACCCGUGGAAAAAUUGAGGUGGUGGAAUCCAUUGUUCAAGCCGCGGUUGAGGAUGUUGUGGACGCCUCGCCUCACCCCUCCAUCAGAUCGUGGACAUGUAGUGAUGUGAAAACCUGGCUUAAGGCCAUAGGACUAGAGAAUAGGUUAGAUUCAAAAGCGCUGCAAAGACUUGAUGGUCGGAGAUUACUACGCCUGCACGAUCUUAGAAAGGAGAGUCCAGAAUUCUUUUACUCUUCCAUCAAGACAGAUUUGAAGCUUGGUAAUGUGUUUGAUGUUCUAGACUUUGUCGAUGAGUUGGAAAAUUUAACGGAAUAAACUCCGCAAGAUUCCGUGAUCACACGAAGAAACAGUAGUGCGCAUUCUGCUAAGCCCAAUUAUAUGCUAGUCACGCAUAAUGCACAGGCUUCGAAGGACUCAACUCCCAGUCUGAGUUACGUAGAGAACGACAGUUCCAACCCAUGGAAAGACCGUAAGGUUAAGAAGUCGAAAAACAGCGGGAAUAAACAAAAGUGUGAGACCAGCGAUGAUGUCCUGACAAGAAGCGUCAGGAAAACAACCAGAGAAAUGAUCAAUAAAUCUCUAGCUGAAAAGUAGAGGUUUUUCCUUUAUGGAAGAACAAGAUUGUCUGAUAUCAUGAAUUUUAAAUCAUGGAACAUCUUUGGGAUUGUAUGUGAUGGUGUAUUGGCGACUUCGAUCAGUUUUGAAACGUUCUCACCAUCUGGAUGCUCUUUUAACAGAGACGCCAAAAACGCACUUUCUCUCUUCCCAUUAGCCUAGCUGUUGAAGAUUUGCUGAUUGGGAUUUUAACGCAUUAUUUAUAUCGAUUCUAACAUUUGUACAGGUAUAACUUCCACCUACACUCUUGCUGUCAUUUCCUUGGAGAGAAUGUUUUCCCUCGGUUCGACUCGUGAUUAACAAAUCGGACUCCUGCUUCGCGGUCGUCCAAUUUGGUUAGUCACUCGUAUGAUUACAGACCAAACUGGACUCCACUCGGUCCUAUUACCUUUAUUAAUCGUCCAAGUAUCGUUUCUGAUAUUGCCUUUUUUUUUCUUACUAUGACAAAAAAUGCUUCCAAAUAUUUUAAA